GUGUGUGUGUGCCAUAAUAUACGUACUCACCGAGUCGCGUUUAUUAUAUGCCGCUUUGAAAGAACGUCGCGUGUGCGAAACGUGCCGUACUCGCGAAAACAUUCGCGACGACCAAUUGAUGCGUGACGCGGUGUAUAUAAAUGGGGAUCGCUUUUAAUAAUUGCUUUGUUUGCACUGAACACUUGAUUGAAUAUUCAUCUUUCGAUAAUUCAUUUUUAAUCGCGACGAUUUUUCUCUAUCCGCGGCUCAGCAGCGCAUAUAGUGAAUAUGCGUAUAACAACAACACACGAGCCCUGUGUCGCGUUUCCGCGAAGAUAACUCGAGCAUCGGUAUAUAGAUAUCAAGGGAUCGCUUAUAUACGUGUUUUCGUUUGUUUAUCGGCGCAGCUUUUCGCCCUUAACUCGUACGUUGUGAUAAUUUGAAUUUUCGUUCGACGAGUUUCCGAGUUCAAGUUAACGAUUAUGGAAAGUUUAUGUAAAAGGUAGGAUGGAAAUAGAGAUGGCUAUAUUUAAGAGCGUCACGGCGAAGGAAAAAGCUCCGAACGAUAUUCUCGUCCGUCUAUAGAACGCACGUCCUCAACCGACAGCAAUAAGUAAUAGUACCGAUUACCCGCUUCGCGCCUAUUUUCACGAGAAACUGCGGCUCGCGAUUACGUAGCAACAUUAACUUUUGGAGGAAAAGUGGUACACGGAGUAUAAAACAUGGACGAAGUGUAUGGUAACGUGAAAAGUUGACUGCUGCUCCUAUAAAUAAACUUUUCAGUCUCCGGCUUUUGGUUUAACGUAAAUAACCGGCGCGUUCGGAUAUUAUUUGAACAUAUGUGUUAUCGAAGAGACCCGUCUCGAAAGCUCCAAAGUGAAUACAGAAGAAAAUCCGAAAAUCCAUCGGAAAACGUCAAAAACAAGCCGUUCGCUCACACCCACGCAUUCGGAGAACAGAAACGGCUCUCUCUCUCUCAGAAAGAAACACAAGAGCGCAUCAGAGAGGCAAGCCCAACACACUCGCGUCACUGUGUUAAUACGCGCGCACACGUAUACGUAUACGCAUUUAAAGGCGAUCUCGGCCUUUGGAAAAGAAGACGGAGAGAAGGAGAGAGAGAGAGAGAGAGUAAGGCUGAAAUAGACGAGGCACCACAUGGCGGGGGUCUUUGCCAUUGCGGGCGUCUGCCUGACUCGCGCAUUGUACGCUCGCGCUCCUCCGGCCGCAGAUCAGCGCAGCAGCCGAAAAGUCACGGUCCGGAUCAACGAACCAAGUGCGACGAAGCUUUUUUUCUUCUAUCAUAUAGUGGCUGUACAGUGAAGUGAAGUGUGGCAUAUAUACAUGUGAGGGAUAAGCGACGGGGGAUCUGCGGAAAGAAGUACGUCGUAGAAAAUUUAGUUUUCGAAAAUAUCGUACGAACCGAUCGAGCUUUCGAGUAAAGAGCGAGCGAGUUUAGAGCCAAUAGGAAUAUCUCGAUGCUUUAAUUGAUAAAACAACGGAUGUUCUCGCGUAAGUUCGCUGCAGUGUCGUUAUUUUUCUUAUUAGAAGCUUUGACGGCCUGAAUUUUUUCCUCUCGGUUUUGUCUCCUCCUCGAAACCCAAGAGAUCCCCACCGAUGAGCCCAUAGGGCGGGCUUCUUGAGGACGAUGGCUGCUUGCCGACCUCGAGCCCUUCCGAGUCACCACCAGCUCCUGCAGCAGCAGCAGCAUCAACAGCAGCAGCAGCAACAACAGAUCUCUCACCUGCAGCUGCAGCAACAGGACAAUGGCUUGCUGCAGCAGUCGCACUACUCGCCCCAGAUACUCAACUGGGUGUACCUCGCUAUCGAAGAUCAGAAUCAAGCGCCGAUCAAUCGGCCGACCGAUCAGAGCAAACUCCUGUCCAAUCGAUGGGGCAGCCUCCCGCAGUCCCAGAGCCAAGGGAACUACCUCCAGCCUGCGCUGCAACAGCAACAGCAUCAGCAACAGCAUCAGCAGCAAAGCGUACCGAGCCCAACGAGCAACCGCCUUGACCAGAAACACUACGGCGGCAGCCUAACCGACAGCAUAACCGAUCUCGCCGAUUAUUUCAGAGACUUGCUCAUCGUCCAGAAGAAACCACCGAAGAGGCCGCCUUUGGACUACAUGUGCCAUGCCUGUUUCUGGGCCGGGCAUCACUACAUUCGAGACUGUCCCAAGUCGAUUCAUUCUGAAAGAAGAAAUUGUUGCAGGCGCAUCCGAAGGGCAAAGGACGGACGCCUUACCAGGGCAAAAAACGCUGCUUCGGCGAGUACAAGUGCCCGAAGUGCAAGCGCAAGUGGAUGUCCGGCAAUAGCUGGGCCAAUAUGGGCCAGGAAUGCAUCAAAUGUCACAUUAACGUCUAUCCACACAAGCAGAGGCCCCUGGAGAAGCCUGACGGCCUGGACGUGUCGGAUCAGAGCAAGGUGCACCCGCAGCAGCUUUGCGAGAAGUGCAAGACCCUCGGCUACUACUGUAGGCGCGUCCAGUAGCUAUGUAACUUUUAGACUGCAAAUCGAUUCGAAUCGUAAGUUCUUUUUGAGAGCCGCGAGUCGAGCGCUUCGGGCCAUCAGUACGGAAAAACAUGAUUUCGUUUAAGCUAUUUACAAGCAAACGUUGCUUCGGUCAUCUGCUUUGCAGUAACCCGUUGAAUCACGAUCGCAAGGUUUAUUUUUAAAGACGUGUUUUUAAAUUUUCACGACAGCGUCAAACAAUCUCGACACGUGUCCCUUUAAAAGAAUUACGAUUCCCUCGAAGCAGGCGCCUAUCUUAUUCCCUCUCUUUCGUUUUUUGUAUUUUUAUACACGAGCACACGCGGCGCAUCUGGCUCGUAUUGUUCAAGUCGCGCGCUCUCUUUCACGCUCAGGCUCCUCGAAGGCCAGGAUUCAUAAAGACGCUUUGCCCGUUCAGGGCGUUGUAUUAAUAGCCGCCGCUGCCGCUGGUGCGCUGUGUUUUCGGAAAAUUAUAUGUAAGCGCGCGAGAAGCGACUCGCUGAAAAAGAAGCAGCGACGCGUAGUGCCUUAACGCCGUUCGAGGAGACUUCCAAGUUACUUUUUUUUCUACGAUGAUGUACAGAACGACGAAAGCACGGGCUCCACCGAUGAUCUGUAUAAAUUAUUGUUGAUAUAUGUUUCUGUGUAUAUACACUCGUUUUUCUCGCUUUCGUCGAUGCCCGUAAUCGUGGUGCCUUAAUAGAAGUUCUCUUACUGCGUUCUUUUUUCUUUUCUUCAAGAUUUUUACGCGUAUAAUCUUGGAUAUGUAAUUGUGUAGUUCUUAAGAGAUAUAUGUUGCGCAUUUACUAUGAUCAUGCGAUUCGGCAAUGAUCCAUGAAGUUUGUAAAACAAAAACUUUUUAAUGUUACUAACUGCGUAUCGAAAGAAUAUGAAAAAGAAAUGUAUUGUUUAGAGUCGAAUCUUGUGAAUUGUAUGUUUUAGUUGAAAAUGAAGACGCAUGAGAAAUAACUGUUAUAAACGUUAUUAUUAAUUAUAUGUAGUAUGUAUAUGCACAUUACAUAUGAUGUAUAUAAUAUGCAUAUAUCAUCAUGCCAAAUAUACAAGCCAAAGAUUCUGA